AUGGGCGCGAAAGUCCCGCGCAACUUUCGCUUGCUGGAAGAGUUGGAGAAGGGAGAAAAGGGCCUGGGCGCUGAGGCAUGUUCGUACGGACUAGACGAAGGCGAUGACCUGCUCAUGACGAAUUGGAACGGCACAAUCCUCGGGCCACCGCAUAGCGUGCACGAGAACCGCAUCUACUCCCUCAAAAUCCACUGUGGCCCCAACUACCCCGACGUCCCGCCGGAAGUGACGCUGGUGAGCAAAGUGAAUCUCCCCUGCGUGGAUCAGCGGAACGGGAAGGUCGACCUGUCGAAACUCCCGAGUAUAAGCACGUGGAAGCGCGACUUCACCAUGGAGACCAUCCUCAUCGAGCUGCGGCGCUUCAUGGCGGCGCCGCAGAACAAGAAACUCCCCCAGCCGGCUGAGGGCACGAACUUCUAG